CCCUUGAAACGCAUCCGCCACGCAGCCGGUCUCGGCCGCACCGGAGGGAUGGUGAGGUGCAGGUGGCUUCUCUAACGGACGUUGCCCGAAUGGCCUGUUAAGGAGCGGCUGAGAGGCUCACCUGCAAAGCGGGAGGGCGGGCGCCUGAAGGUCGGCUCCGGGCUCUUUUCCCCCGGCGCCGGCCGGCAGCAGCAGCCUGUUGCAUUGGCAGCGGGAGUUCCCCUGGGACCAGAGCCGGCUACCUGCGUUCUCCGCCCCGCAGGGACACUCGCCGCGGCUCCCCCCUGCAGGCGCGGGCCCUAGGGCGGAGGGAGCCUCGCCGCCGCCGGCCCUCGCAGAUUCCCGCCAGGAGCCGCGCCGCGAGCGCCCCGGGGAGUUCCCUGCCUCGCACGUGGUCGCAGCCCAGGUGAGCCGAGCCGGAGCGGGGAGCGGCUGCCUCCUGCCCAGGCGGCGGUGGCUGGGCGCCGGGAGAAGAUGGCUGACAGCACCGCGGCCACGGGCUCCUGGUGGAAAGCGCUGACCAGCAGCAGGAAAAAAGCCAAGGAGGGGCCGGUGGCCGGAGCGCCGCCGCCCCCGGCUGAGCCAGCCCUGGCGCCGGCGCCCCCCGACCCGGACUCUCGGGAGAACCAGCAGCCCAACUUCAGCAGCAGCGAGCCCAAGUUCGGCGAGAAGCCCGGCGGCGGCGGCGGCAGCAGCCGCAGGAACCUGAAGAUCUCCCGCUCCGGCCGCUUCAAGGAGAAGCGCAAGGUGCGAGCCCCUCUGCUGGCCGAGAGCCCCAAGCUGUUCGAGGGCAGCGCGCCCAGCCACGCCGGCGAGGAGAGGCAAUAGCUGCGGCUGUUUGCUGCCCUACAGCCUCCGUCUGACCGAGACUGGCCCUUGCAGCCAGUCCCCCAGCUCUCGCUCCUCCACCACCCAAGGAGCCGUGACUCCGUGUGGGCUAGAGGAGGAGACACCUGCUGCUUUGGAAACGCCUCGGGUGCCUCUCGUCGCUAGGAGGAGGCCUUCCAUCCCCGGGGGGCGCGGUGACCCCGCUGUAACCAGGGCAGGGAUGAACCUAUUCUCUCGUUCGGAUUCCAAAUUUUGGAAACAAAAAUAAUCCCAGCGCCGUGUGUCUCUGUUCCUGGCUGCUGCACUUUGGACUGGAAUAUCACCCUCGCUGGCUGGAGCUGACCAGCGCUGCCCUGCUGCUUAUUUUAGGGGGUAGGGCGGGUACCUUUCUUGAUCAAAAAUAGCUCAAGCAAAUGGGGAUGAAUUUUAAUAAUGAAAUAAAGCUGAAGUGUAAAUGCAGA